GCUGGAAGCCCUUUUAGCUCCCCUCGUACGUUCUCUGCUUGCGGUAUUCCUAGCUGAUACCCAUCCAUUCAUUCACAUAUAACACACGCACCCACACACACAUCUUUGCCGAACCUCACGCUCUCCUAGUCCUCCAACCAUGCCCGGUAUGAGACUUGACUUUCUCAAAAACCCCUCGCAGCGUGUGGCGACUGGCAAGUCGCUGCCGCUGCAGCAGGUGGAAGCGAUCGUGCUCUACGGCAAGCCGGCCCAGCGUGCGAAGGUGGUGCAGAAAAUCCUGCCUGCCGUGUAUGGUCUCGCGCUGAACAAGACGACGCACCACGUCCUCCUCACCUUGCUGGACCACUGCGACAACAUGGACCGCGUGAAGAUGCUCUACAACGUGCGUCGAAAGCUGCCGGACCUGGCAAACUCACCGGUAGGCAACACCGUGGUUCAGCACUUGCUGGAGAAGGUGCCGACGCGGCAGAAGAAGGAAAUUGCGGAGGCCUUUGUGUUGAACGUUGACGAGGAUGAGUUCCAGCGGCUGUGCAUACAUCCUUUUGGUAACUACGUUGCGCAGAAGCUGAUGAAGGUGCCGGAGUGCGUCGAGAUGGUGCAGGAGCGCUUUCUGCCGCACAUUGCAGCCCUCAGUCUGCACCCGUACGGCAUGCGUGUGGUGGCCCAGUUCAUUGACUCCGUCGCGGAGGGCUGCACGCGGGUGAUUGAGGCCCUCUUCCCAACGUACGCGAACGCCGACCCAGAGGGCGAUGAGGAAGCGGUGGCGGCCUCGGAUAAGCUUGAUGCGUCGAUCCUCGCGCUGUUCCGCUCCGCGGAUGAGUCGAUGGUGCUGACGGCACUGCUCCGUCACGCCCGCACUCCAGCGGAGGUGAAGGAUGCCAUCUACGCCCACCUUGGCGAGUUCGUCGGCGACUAUCUCGAUGCCACGUCCAAAGCCGACGUCAACAAGGAGAUGAAGACCGACGGUGAAAAGGAAGAAGCGGCGGAGUUUGCAACGCCGGACUUCGGGACCGGGUCGAACGUGGCGAAGCCGAACGCGCGCUCGACGGGGCUCGAGAACGUGCACGUCUACUGCGCUGCGCUGGAGCACGGCGAUGACAUCCAGCGGGCAGACUUGUGGGCUGCCCUUUCGUCUAACCCGAAUGUUCUCUUUUCUAUUACCCACGUGAAGGGCGCCGUGCAGGUCGGUGUGGCGGUGGUGCGCUACGUUGAGGAGGCGCGCAAGGUACUGCUGCAGCUGAUGUACCAGGCGCCAUCGUCACCUUCCACGUCUGCACUCGUGGAGGGUGCGGCCACUCCGCAGGGACAGCAAAAACAACUGACACCCAAGAAGGGCAAGAAGGUGUCGGAAAGCACCACAGCGGAUUCCAUCGUCGAUGUCGCCGUCGACCCGGUGCGCUCGGUGCUGCUGCGUGCGUUUAUCGAGGUGGCCCGCGAGCUCAUCCCCGAGAAGAGCACGGCGGAGCUCACGUCGCAGGCGGUAGCGCUCUCGCAGAACGCCGUCAGCUCUCCCGUGCUGCAGAAGCUGGUGGAGACGGACCUCAGCGGCGACGUUGCCGGUGCACUACUGGAGGUGCUGCUGAAGCAUCCGUCCAUCGAGGAGCUUGUUCUGCACCCGUCUGCGUGUUAUGUGCUGGAGUCUAUUUUGCAGUACGCCCCGGAGGAGGUGCGGGCACCGCUCGUGGAGGCACUGAGUACGUACUACGCGUCUCACCUGCACCACGCGCUGUCCUUUGCGCAGGGCUCGCGUGUGAUGCAGAAGCUGCUUGCCUACGCGCCGGAUGCAACGGUGGUGAAUGCGGUGAAUCAGCUCAUUUCAGCGGCAGCGAGGGAGGAGGAGGAGGAGGCCAAAAUCGCCGAGGGCAAUCAGGAGAACGGACGCGACGCAGACGAAAAAGUCAAAGAGAAGGCAGAGACGGCGGAGGCGAAGACGCUGAACCGCAAGGAGCAGCGGGCGAUCAACCGCACACGGCACUACCACGUUCUGUCGCAUGCCCUCGUCUCCUACGCGUUGCACCAGCACGCGUGCUACGUCGUGCAGGCGCUGCUGCGGGAGGUCCGCACACGGCAGCUGGAGCGGGAGCGGAAGCUGUUGAUGAAUGAGCUGAAGUCGCACGUGUUUGAGAUGUCGGUCUCGCCGUGGGCGGGUCGUGUGGUGCUGGAUGCGAUGCUGACCGCCGGUAGUUCGCAGCUGGCCGAAGCGAUGAAGAACGUGGCGUUCCUGCGCGCCGAGGCGUGGCUCUCGGAGGUGUCGGCGGAGCGCAAGCAGCGCGGCAACGGCGUGGACCCGACCCUGCGCAACAUUCUGAAGCGGCAGCGCGAGGACAUCGCGAACGGCGUGGAUGUAAAGAAGUCUGCCGCCCCGGGAGACAGUGGCGCAGAGAAGGCGGAGCCUGCGCACAAGAAGAGGAAGCUGUUCCGCUCUAUGAAGAAAUAA